AUGGCUUCAGGUGGUGAUGGUUACCGUGGAGCGCUAGUGUGCGCGGUGCUGGCGGUGUGCCUGAGCGCGGCGGUGUGCGCGCCGGCGCAGCUGUGCGUAGGCGCCGCAGACGACGACCCUCGCACUGCGCGCUUCUGCCAGGCCCUCAACACCUUCCUGGAACUCUACGCUGAAGCUGGUGGAGAACAAGUUCCUGAAUACCAAGCUCUGGUCCGCGACUACCCUCAACUCCUCGAUACCGGCAUGAAGCGACAAGAUGUAGUACACUCGUUCUUGCGGUUCGGCCGUCGCCGCUGA